ACUGUCACCUGUGACAACAUCAGCUGUAACUGUCACCUACCCUGCAAAAUAAAAAAAAAAUAUUUUAUUAAAUUUUAGGGCAAUAAAUACUUGUAAGACUUAUACAAAAAUGUCCGUUUCUCCUUGGCUCAAGUCCCCUUUUACUGACUUAACAGGAGCACUUGUGAGCCACCAGUGGUACGGCAAGUGCGCCGACCUCGAAUUAAAAGUGAUGGACUGCUUAGAGGCCCACGGCUUAAAUAAAGGGGUGCAAGUAUGUAAAGACAUCAUGGACGACUUUAAGGAAUGCGCCUACAGAGCAAAGCAGCAAAAACGAUACACGGCAAUGGUUAAAGAGCGAGAGCGCCAGUACGCUGCUGGAGAAAGAACCAAAGAAGAUAGGUAUGCGCCGGGCCCCCCAACCGACAGUUAUUAGUUGUAGUUAAUACUAAAUGUAUAAAGUUUGUAGAUUUAAAUAGAGAAAUUUUAAUAAACUCCCAUCAGUUUAUAAAUUUGAUUUUCUUGUCAUGAGUUCUAAGGCAAUUGUUACAGAGAAUGAAAUUUAAAAAGUCAUGUCAUUUAGUCUCUAUUCCAUUUAUUUUUUUACUAGUGGUUAAAUUUUUAAUCGGUGUAGAGUAAUAUUGUUUGCUUCUACGCCUUCAAGAUAGGGAUGUUAUAAAUAUUCAGUAAGUUACAUAUAAAAUAAUUGAUUCGUCAAAAUAGCCUGAGAUAAAACGGUUCUAGUAAAAUUAAAAGCAAGCAUUAUUAAUUAGAUUUCCAGAGUUUCCGAGGCAUUUUUGGUUCUGUUCUAUUUUAUGCUAAACUAUUGUAUCAUAUUAUUUAAUGCAAUAAUAAACUUCCACAUAGUUCCAUUAUUAAUAGAAAUAUCAUAAAUUAAACAUUCGUUAUUUUCCAAAAAAUAUUGAAAUAAAAAAAUAAAUAUAAUAACUCCCAUAAAUAACUCUCAUAUGUUAAAUAUUAUUGCAUUCUUUGAUGCUUAUUCUUUUUU